GUGUGACCUACGGGCGGCGAGCAGCGUCGCGUGGGAACUCCUUGCACGGGGCUUGUUUCUUGGUAGCUCCGCGGCGCCGGCGCCGAAGAGAAAGAUGGAUUUUGAGAACCUUUUCUCCAAACCCCCAAACCCGGCUCUUGGCAAGAAGUCCGCCACGGAUUCUGACCAAAGAAUCGGUGGUGAAAUAGAUGAUACAGAAGUUGAAGAAACACAAGAAGAGAAAAUAAAAUGGAAAGUAAAACUGGAAUGUGAGCAAAUUCCCAAAAAAUUUAGGCACUCUGGAAGCUCUACAUCUCUGAAGAAUUUGCAACAUAGGAAAUCAAGAAGUAAGGACUAUGAUGCAUAUAGUGACGAUGACGUCUGCAAUCAGGAGCCGGAAGAUAAUUUCGCUAAGGAGCUUCAGCAGUACAUACAAGCUAAAGAGAUGGCAAGUGUUACUGAGUCCCUACUGUGUCCUGAAGGAUCUGUGAAGAAAGAGACAGCAAAGGGGACCACGAAAGCUGUUAAGCAAAAAAAUAAAAACCUUAAAGCUGUUCACAAGAAUGGUAAAAAGAAGAAAAUGAAGCGAAAGUGUCCUGGCCCUGGAGACAAAGGAAAUGCUUCCCUGAGGAGCAGUGGCUCACAGGACCAGAAUGGGAAAUCUAAAGAGCAGCAGCAGCCUGUGAGAAUGAGUCAGGGGUUCAUCAACCAACAUACGGUGCAACGCCAGGGAAAGCAAAUUUGUAAAUACUUUCUUGAAAGGAAGUGUAUUAAGGGAGACCAAUGUAAAUUUGAUCAUGAUGCAGAGAUAGAGAAGAAAAAGGAAAUGUGUAAGUUUUAUGUACAAGGAUAUUGUACCAGAGGGGAAAACUGCCUUUAUUUGCAUAAUGAAUAUCCUUGCAAGUUUUACCAUACAGGAGCAAAAUGUUAUCAGGGAGAAUAUUGCAAGUUUUCACAUGCUCCAUUGACUGAUGAAACACAAGAACUGUUGGCUAAAAUUUUGGAUCCUGAAAGGAAGUCAUCAUGAAAAUAAAAUAGAUGAAAAAGCUUUGUAUGGAUGAAGAGUGCUUGUGUCUGUUUAUCCCUGUUCAAGACUAAUUCAAGACUUGAUUUGGAGUGGUUUACAAGAUUCCUGGUGUAGAGCGCCCCCUUGUGUCAUUAUAGUGAAGUGCAACUUCCGUGGACAGUGCGGAGGGACAGACAGCAUGUGGUGUCUAAUGUGAAGGGUUGGUCUCCACCAAGAUGGUUCCAGCCAUUGAAACAGGAGGAGUGUAUAUGGCAGAGAUGCCAGCUGGUGCACAGAUGUUAUGGUAGUAGGUUGCAGAGGUCUCUUCUGAGUGAUUGCAUGUUCUCAAUAAAAUAGGAAGCAAGGUUAGACUGAGUAAGGAUGGGUGAAGAGGUAUAGGAGUUUGAAGAGAAAACCAUCAGGUUUCUCAUAGAAGACGUCUGAAUAGUAGACAGUAAAUACACAGUUAGCUCUUUUCAUGUCAUUAACUACAUUCACAACAUGUUGUUAAUGGUUGCUCAUAGUUUUGUUUUAAAUUAUGGUUUGAUGAUAUUUUUUAAAACCCAUUUCCUGUUGUUGGACAAAAAAGUUGUUUCCAGUUUCCUACUAUUAUAAAUAAAAUGGAACAGUGUCUCUUGCUA